AAUUUAAUUGUUCAAUUAGCAAGUAAGUUCAUCUGUCUAUAUUUUCUCUUAAGGUAUAUUUAAUUUAUAUGUGCACCAUUUGCGUGCAAAUCCCAGUCCCAGAAACACCAGAAGAGGGCGUCGGGUCCUCCAAUUACAAGCGGCUGGUAUUUACUUGGGUGUAAGGAACUGAGACCGGGUACUUUGAAAGAGCAGCGAGCACCUAACCGCUGAAACCUCGCUGCAACCCCCUGCCUCUAUUUUCUACCCUGGUCUUUGGGCUGAGCAAGUAAAGUACUCCCUCCGAAAUAAGGCGAACAAGCUCGGCUACUUCCGGUGCUCCUGCAAAUAAUCGCUCUUAGCCAAGCCAACUGCCAGCGCCUGUCGCUAUUUCCGGAAACAACCGUGCUUCCGGGCUUUGGGCCACGGCGUUCUCGCGUGUGUUGGGCUGCAGACUCUUCGGCUGUUUCCGGACGCCGAGGGUUGCCAUGAGAGCGCCUUCGCCUUUCACUCCUUCCAUCGUCCGCCUAACUCGUCCGGUAGACCCGAACUGCUUCGGCACCUUCCGGAAGCCGUCGGUAUCCCCCGAGUGUCAACUCCCUAGACUUGUAUUUGAGGUCGUUCGGUUCUUUCCAGAUACGCUCCGCGGUGUUGCAGCUUCACAACUUCGUAAAAAACAAACCCGCUGUCAUAGUUCGGCUCUUCGGAACGGCUCAGGUGUCUCUGGACUGAGUCCGGCCCUCCGGCUUCGGAGCGAGCGCUCGCUGUCCCCGCCGGGCUGCGCCUGGUUGUUCUCGGGAUCCUCUUACUUUCGAAUGUUUCCGUAUCCCCCUCGAAAGCCUCCCUACUAGCCCCGCAGCCCCUCGAACGCUCUCCCGACUCGGUCGCUCUCGGCCGUUUCCGGCCACCCUCGGCUGUCUCGUGGCAAACGGCAGCCGACCAUUCCCGCGGGAGUACGUUCGGCUGUUUCCGGAAGCAUACCCGCGUGCCUCGGUGUUCGGGCUCCACCUCGGUAAGGGGUGGGAGGGGAGGACUGCCCUCCCGGCCCGAAUGCGCUCGGCUAUUUCCGCCCGGGGGGCGGGCCCGGCGGCUUGGAACCGCGGCGACGGCGGCUGACGCAGGGAUCCCGCGGCUGCGGCGGCGGUGGUAGCGACGGCGGCCGUGACUGGGCUGGCAUCCCUGGCUGAGCAUGGUAGCAGCCUGUGGCCUGGGUUUCCUCAUCUGGUGUCAGACAUACCCUGAAGAGCUAGCAAGCUUGGGCACCCACGGCUCAGCUCAUGACAGCGUGAUCUGCCUGCCCCAGCCUGGCCAUCUCAUGGGGGACACAAGCUGAGUGAUCUGAGAAAACACCAAAGACAGCCUUGCGCAGGUGACUAAAUGGUGGACUCUGUGACAAGUGACGAGGCAUGAGCGGCCCCAAGGCCGCCUGUGACUUCUGAAGUAGAGGUCUUGUGAGCCUACCACACCGGCUGCCCCAGCCCAUGGGGCCCUGGGAGCCUCCGGGAGCCACGUGACUGUCCAGACCCCACCAGGCCCAGCUAUGGCGGGCGCUGAGGGCUUCCAGUACAGGGCUGUGUACCCAUUCCGCCGGGAGCGGCCCGAGGACCUGGAGCUAUUGCCUGGAGACCUACUGGUGGUGAGCCGGGGGGCCCUACAAGCCCUGGGCGUGGUGGAUGGAGGGGAGCGCUGCCCACACAACGUGGGCUGGAUGCCUGGCUUCAAUGAGCGUACCCGGCAGCGAGGGGACUUCCCUGGAACAUAUGUGGAGUUCCUAGGACCUGUCGCUCUGGCUCGACCAGGACCUCGCCCACGAGGCCCCCGUCCAUUGCCUGCCAGGCCCUUGGAUGGGCCCUCCGAGUCAGGUGUUGCACUGGCAGACCUGGCAGAGCAGUUCUCCCCACCUGAGCCUGCUCCGCCCAUUCUGGUCAAGCUGAUAGAGGCCGUUGAGCAAGCAGGGCUGGACAGUGAGUGCUACAGUAGACCAGAGCUGCCUGCACCUCGGACAGACUGGUCCUUGAGUGACGUGGAGCAGUGGGACCGCACCACCUUGUGUGAUGCCGUGAAGGGCUUCCUGCUGGCAUUGCCUACAGCUGUUGUGACUCCUGAGGCUGCGGCAGAGGCGCACCGGGCACUGCAGGAGGCUGCAGGGCCCGUGGGGCCGGUGCUGGAACCCCCAACACUACCGCUGCACCAGGCACUCACGCUGCGGUUCCUGCUGCAGCACCUGGGCCGUGUGGCCCGCAGAGCUCCCGCACAGGCCGCAGCCAUCCACUCUCUCGCUAGCGCCUUUGGGCCACUGUUACUGCGUACACCUCCGCCAGGGAGUGACAUUGAUGGGAGUGAGCUUGGGCCUGACUUCCCAGGGCUGCUGUUGGGGAGGCUGCUGCAGGAACACGUGGACGAGCAGGAUGCUGCCCCCCCAGCACUGCCACCCAAGCCCUCUAAGGCCAAGCCGGCCCCCACAGCCCUGGCCAACGGAGGAAACCCACCGUCGCUUCAGGAUGCAGAGUGGUACUGGGGAGACAUCUCCAGGGAAGAGGUGAAUGAGAGGCUCCGGGACACGCCUGAUGGCACCUUCUUGGUCCGGGAUGCAUCCAGCAAGAUCCAAGGAGAGUACACGCUCACCCUCAGGAAAGGCGGGAACAACAAGCUGAUCAAAGUCUUCCACCGGGAUGGUCACUACGGCUUCUCGGAGCCCCUCACCUUCUGCUCCGUGGUAGAGCUCAUCUCUCACUACCGCCACGAGUCGCUGGCCCAGUAUAACGCCAAGCUGGACACGCGCCUGCUCUACCCUGUGUCCAAGUACCAGCAGGACCAGGUGGUGAAGGAGGACAGCGUGGAGGCUGUGGGCGCGCAGCUCAAAGUCUACCACCAGCAGUACCAGGACAAGAGCCGCGAGUACGACCAGCUGUAUGAGGAAUACACACGAACUUCCCAGGAGCUUCAGAUGAAGCGCACAGCCAUAGAGGCCUUCAAUGAGACCAUCAAGAUCUUCGAAGAACAGGGCCAGACGCAGGAAAAGUGCAGCAAGGAGUAUUUGGAGCGCUUCCGGCGUGAGGGCAAUGAGAAGGAGAUGCAGAGGAUCUUGCUGAACUCAGAGCGACUCAAGUCUCGCAUUGCGGAGAUCCAUGAGAGUCGCACGAAGCUGGAACAGGACCUGCGAGCACAGGCCUCGGACAACCGAGAGAUCGACAAGCGCAUGAACAGCCUCAAACCCGAUCUCAUGCAGCUACGCAAGAUCCGGGACCAGUACCUUGUGUGGCUCACCCAGAAAGGUGCCCGACAGAGGAAGAUCAACGAGUGGCUGGGAAUCAAGAACGAGACUGAGGACCAGUAUUCACUGAUGGAGGAUGAGGACACCCUCCCCCACCACGAGGAACGCACGUGGUACGUGGGCAAGAUCAACCGCACACAGGCAGAGGAGAUGCUGAGUGGCAAAAGGGACGGGACCUUCCUCAUCCGGGAGAGCAGCCAGCGUGGCUGUUACGCAUGCUCCGUGGUGGUGGACGGCGAUACCAAGCACUGCGUCAUCUACCGCACGGCCACAGGCUUCGGCUUCGCGGAACCCUACAACCUGUAUGCGUCCCUGAAGGAGCUGGUGCUGCACUACCAGCACGCGUCGCUUGUGCAGCACAACGACGCACUCACCGUCACCCUUGCGCACCCGGUGCGCGCACCCGGGCCUGGCCCGCCUACGGCCCGCUGAGAAACCCCCACUCCACUCGCCUGCCCUGUCUUCGCCCUGUCCCUCUCAGCCGCACUGCCGUGUUUACAGAGGCUGCGGGGCCUCCACCUGGGUGCCCCGAGAUUUUCAAGCCAUAUCCCCGGGGCCAGGGCAGGAAGGAACUGCGCUGGGCUGUUUCCAGGAAUUUAGCCUGGACACUCGGGGCCGGGCGGGACCCGCCCCACAGACCCCAACUUCCCCUCUAAAGGUCGAAGUGAAACCAGCGGCAGGGGAUUACCCCACAGCUGCAAAGUUCUCCUUCCAGAAGGCAGAAUUAGAACUCAACUGCCCGGCCCUGCCCAGGCCCCCCGCGCUGUUCUCCAACUGUGCAAUCUCCUCCUCUUUGAGACAAGGACCCUGGGUGUCACUGCCCUUGGACCCCAUACCUGCCCAGGGCUGACGGGGAACGGGUUUUGUACGGUACGUUUAUUGAUACGAAUAUGAAACAUUGUACCUGU